AGAGCGGACGCGUCAAGACGCGAGGAAGCAAUCGGUCCCGAAAUAAAUACAAAUAAAUAUAAAGUGGUCAAAUAGAAAUAUCUACUUCUGUGAAAACAAUUAUGGAGUAACUAGAAAUACCAAGUCACCAAAAAAUAAAUAUCCCUACCAAAUAGUUUACAAAAUCUAUAACAAAUCUGUAACAAAAUACCAUAAAAAUAAGUGCUAAAAUAAAAAUAACUAAGCUAAACAACUUUAGUCAAGCCUAAGUUCAGUGAUCUAAAAAAAAUUGUAAAGUGGCAAAGUUAAAAGAAUCAUUAACAUAAAAAAGUAAAGGCGAUGGUUUAACUUCGUCCAACUUUGCCAAAUACUUUUAUUUCAAAAAAGAGGAAACUCGUGAAAUAAAACUUAGUAAAUGAUGCAAAAUAUUUAAGUAACAUAAAAGAAUGUUUAGUUAAUAUUGUAAAAACUGUGUUUGCAAGGAAGAAAGUAGACAAAAUAAAUACAAUUAACCACUACACCAGCGCAAACCGACUUCAGCUGGAUAAUGUUUGAGAAGAACAUGGAUGCCAACAAUCUGUCGGUCUCCAUAAGCGGGGACCUGGACUCCACCAGCUCCGGCGGCACGUCCUCGGACCACUCGGCUGUCCAGCAGGACAACCUCAGUUCGCCGAUGGCCUACGGAUCGCUCUUCCUUCCAAACGCUGGUUAUCGUGGAAACCUGUCCUGCAAAACAGUUCUGCAACUGGAUAAAUUCGCACCCUAUGAGGGGGCGGAGAAGGACCAUCUGCUGGAGCGCCGGUUCCAGGACAUCACCAACGACUAUGACAAGUCGCCGCCGCCCACCGCCUCGACCACGCCCACCCACUAUCCCAGCCUGAACAGCAUCAUAUUCGAGAACGGCAGUGCUGGCAAUCUGGGGGAUCUCAAUGGGAACACCAAGACGGACUCCCUGUGCGGGGGCCUGCAGAGGAGCGCAGGCGGUUUGGGCGGUAAUCCCGGCAGUGGUGGUCACCUCAUCUCCAACCUCACGGCCGUCCACAAUAUGUCUGCAGUGAGCAACUUCCCCACCGACGCCAAAAUGCUGCUGUUCUCCACAGACCAGAUCCAGUGCAUGUGCGAGGCGCUGCAGCAGAAGGGCGACAUCGAAAAGCUGACCACGUUCCUCUGCAGCCUGCCGCCCAGCGAGUUCUUCAAGACCAACGAGAGCGUGCUGCGGGCCCGCGCCAUGGUGGCCUACAACCUGGGCCAGUUCCACGAGCUCUACAACCUGCUGGAGACGCACUGCUUCUCGAUGAAGUACCACGUCGACCUGCAGAACCUCUGGUUCAAGGCGCACUACAAGGAGGCGGAAAAGGUACGCGGCCGUCCCCUCGGAGCGGUGGACAAGUACCGGCUGCGCAAGAAGUACCCGCUGCCCAAGACGAUCUGGGACGGCGAGGAGACGGUCUACUGCUUCAAGGAGAAGUCGCGGAACGCCCUGAAGGACUGCUAUCUCACCAACCGGUAUCCCACGCCCGACGAGAAGAAGACGCUGGCCAAGAAGACGGGCCUGACGCUCACCCAGGUCUCAAAUUGGUUCAAGAACCGCCGGCAGAGGGAUCGCACGCCCCAGCAGAGACCUGAUAUUAUGUCGGUGCUGCCUGUGGGCCAAUUGGACGGCAAUGGCUUCCCGCGCAUGUUCAACGCCCCAAGCUAUUAUCCCGAAACGAUUUUCAAUGGGCAAUAAACUGCGAUCCAUGCGAGGCUGUUUUUUCGUGUAAAUAAAGCGUAAUGCGUUUUUAUGUUAGGACAAAAGCAAAUGGAAAACUGGUCAUCAAAUGGCACAUCUUCGUUAGCUUUAGAAUAAACUAAUUUUGCUUUAUGUAUUGUACAAUACUAAUAAUAAACCAAUGGUAGAUCAAUAAAUUCGAUUAACUAAA